AAAUGAUUUUGUCUUUCUUAUCCCACUGCAGGUCUUGGUUAGAGAAGGUCGGGAGGAAGUUGUUGGGGUGGAUAGGCCGCCCGUCUGUCAGGACAGCUACCAUCGGUGGUAGUGAGAUAGACCCCGACAACCACCUACUCGACCUUACAGGAUCCGUAUCCAAGGAGUCGCCCUAUCCAAUAGCGCACGGUAGUUUCGGGGAUGUGUGGAAAUGCACCUACAUCGCAUCCAAUCAUCAAGGCCUGGAGGUAGCAGUCAAAUCCAUAAGGAUCGAUGUUGCAGGCGACGAUUCCAGGGCCAGACUUACUCAAAGACUCUUGGACGAUUUCCAUGCACGGAAGCAACUGCAUCACGAAAAUCUUUUGUCUCUGCUCGGUUUCAGUCGCGAUUUUGGGCCACUUCUAGCGAUGGUUUCCCCCUGGAUACACAACGGCUCGCUCACCACAUAUCUUGAACACAAUUUCACAGAAUUGACCAUCGAAGAAAAGCUCCGGAUCUUGCGGCAAGUCGCUGCAGCCAUCAACUACCGUAUGUGGAAUCUUCAAUAGUUUGUGAAAACAAU